AUGAAUAAUAUAAUCAACAGUUUCUCCCCUAUUGCAAAAAGAAACCCUAAAAUUAGAACUGAAAAUAUUGAUUUCAAGAUGAAACUAUUUCAAUUUGAACCACUUAAUAUAAAUACGCAACCUAUUAAAUAAAUAAGAAUUAAAAUAGAAAGAAAACUAUCUCCUAUAUUUGAUUAGAAUUACAAUGCACUUUUCUUAAAUAAAAUUAAAGUACAAAAAAUGGCAUUGAAAAAAGCUAAACUCUCUUAAAGUAUAGAUUGUAGAGCAUUGCCAGAAUUAGAUUUAUAAGCUUAGUUAUAAAUUAUAUAACCAACAACUCUCGUAUUACCAUCUACUUAAAGAAAUACUAAUACUUCUACUUAAAAAAGUACUUAUACUUAAAUAACUUAAUCAAAGAAAUUCAAAUUUAAAGAUAACUCUAACUCAUAAUUUGAAUCUGAAAGAAAAGGACAAUAAAAAGUUGGCUUUAGAUUACCAAAAAUUGAUAAGACUGUAGAUCUAAAUGAAUCUAUAAGCUCUCUUAAUUGUUGGACCAUGAAUAGCUCUUCUGGUCUUCUAUAACCUUAUAAAUGA